AUGGUCGAGCAGAUGAAAACCAAGGACGAAGUGGAACCGCCUCUCGUCACUCGUCUCGCCAAACAAGACAAGGUGCCAUGGUACAGGAAACCAAACCUGCGCAGAUUAUACAUUGUCAUGUUGCCGACCUGUCUCGGCGUCGAGAUGACGAGCGGUUUCGACUCUUCAAUGAUGAACGGCUUACAGGCCGUUGGUACAUGGAAUAACUUUUACAACCACCCGCGAUCAACCAUGCUGGGCCUCAUGUCCGCGCUCUACUCGCUCGGCGCAGUCGCUGCGCUCCCCUUGACUCCCUUCAUCAGCGACAGACUCGGCCGGAGACGGUCUAUCGUGUUCGGCAGCGUUUUCAUGCUUAUCGGAGCGAUAUUACAAACCGCCUCGCAGAAUUUCGCCAUGUUUGUCAUCUCGCGCUUCAUCCUCGGGUUCGGCAUCCCCUUUGCCAUCGUCGCCGCAUCCUCUCUCGUGAACGAAGUAUCGCAUCCCAAGGAAAGGGCGAUCGUAAGCUCGCUCUUCAAUUCGUGCUGGUUCAUCGGCGCGAUCGUCGCCGCGGGCGUCACACUCGGCACCUUCGCCAUGCCGAACAACUGGGGUUGGCGCAUCCCAUCCGUCCUGCAGACCAUCCCCAGCAUCCUGCAGAUCGCCUUCAUGUGCUUCCUCCCCGAGUCGCCAAGGUGGCUCGUAUCCAAGGGCAGGCACGCCGAGGCCCUCGCGAUCUUGGUGAAGUACCACGCCGAGGGCGAUGCGGACUCGGAGUUCGUGAAGGCCGAGUUUGCGGAGAUUGAGAAGACGCUGGAAAUGGAGGCGGAAGUGGAGAAGAGGAGCUGGAUGGAGAUGGUCGCGACGCCCGGCAUGCGGCGGCGUCUGCUCGUGGGCUCGUUCCUCGGGCUGGCGACGCAGUGGAGCGGGAAUGGCUUGACUUCGUAUUUUCUCGCGCAGAUAUUGAACAAUGUCGGCAUCACGGAUAACCGCACCAAGAACCUGAUCAACCUGGCGAUGACCUGCUGGAGCUUCAUCAACGGCACCAUUAUCGCGCUUACGAUGCCGCGGUUCAAGCGCCGCACGAGCUAUUUGAUAUGCACCAUAUCGCUCCUUUCGAUAUUCACCGGUUGGACCAUUGCGAGUGCGAGAUAUGCUAUGACUAGUGACCAGGCGUCAUCCACAGCCGUCAUUGCGUUCAUUUUCCUGUAUAGCCCUGCUUACAACAUCGGCUACAACGCUCUCUCUUACACAUUCCUCGUCGAGUUGUUCCCGUACCACGUCCGCUCGAAGGGACUCACGAUAUUCCAGUGGUGGAGCCGGGUGGCGACGUUCUUCAACCAGUUUGUCAACCCCAUCGGUGUCGCGAACGCCGGAUGGAAGUAUUACAUCAGUUACUGCGUCUGGCUUGUUUUCGAAGUAAUAUUCGUGUACUUCCUGUUCCCGGAAACUGCCAACCGGUCCUUGGAGGAGCUUGCGUUCCUAUAUGAGGGCGAUCAGAUGCGGCUGGAGCAGGAGAAACGGGUUGAACAUGAGAUCAACGAUGUGCGGGCCGAGGGACACUCAGAUACGCCGUCGGACGGCGAAAACGACGCGAAGGCCCUCAUGUGA